CGAGAUCUUAGCAGCUCAAGGAAAUUUUAAGUCAACGUCAGACGGUCACGUGCUCGUCGCGUCCCUUUUUUUUUGCUGGUUCCCUACUCGAAAAAAACUGACAAAAAAAACAAUUUUUUAUAACGCGACUUCACUUCGCUUCAUUUCGUCGCUCUAGCCAAAAUGUCGAACCCACCAUCAACACCUCAAAGGUCACAUGGCGAUGGAAGUUUUACUACUCCUACUUCCAGAAGACACUCCAAUUUCCUAUCGUCUCAACCUGAUUACCCUUCAUCCCCUCUUGCCUAUCCUUCAUCCACUGGAGACACACCGCGUACACCAUUUAGAACACCUGGUAGAAGAUCAGACAUAGGUGGGUCGUCAUUCCAUAUCGACGAUGCAGCAUCUUCACCACUUCAAUACCCAUCGACUCCUAUGCGUGGAGAUAUUGGUUCGCCCAGAACUCCAAGAACUCCCUUCUCCUAUGUUCGAACUCCUGGUAACCUUGGUGCUGGCCAUAGUACACCGGGUGUUUCAACUGGAGGUCAACAUGCAGCAUAUCCUUCUUCCACUGGAAACUUGGACUCACAAGUUUCAGAUCCCUCCAUUUCUGUUCGUCUCAUUUGGGGAACUACUAUCAAUAUCAACGAAGCCAUGGGUAGCUUCCGCGAGUUCUUGACCAACUUUACUCUUCAACAACGAAAGGCACUAGUCAAUGAAGAAAUUCGCGAUGAAGAUAAUCUUCCAUUCUAUCCUCGUUUGUUGAAUCAGAUGCGCACAACCGAGACAUUCAAUAUGAACUUGGAUUGCCGAAACCUUCUUGCCUAUCGACGUACAAAGAAACUUUAUGACCAACUGAUCAAGUACCCUCAGGAAAUUAUUCCUCUGAUGGAUCACACUUUGACCAACUAUUUCUUGGAACAAUUUGAUGUGGACUUGAAUGGUCAACAGCUGAAGGUGCGACCUUUUAACCUUGACCAUUCCGUCAACAUGCGAGACUUGGAUCCACAGAAUGUGGAUCAACUCAUCACUGUCAAGGGUCUGUUGAUUCGUGCCUCUCCCAUUAUUCCGGAUAUGAAGGAGGCUUUCUUUAGAUGUUUGAUCUGUGAUUAUACAACCAUGGUCGGCGUUGAUCGUGGCCGUAUCAUUGAGCCCACCAAAUGUCCUCGUGCACAAUGUCAAUCGGAAAAUUCCAUGUCCCUUAUUCACAAUCGCUGCGUCUUUGCCGACAAGCAAGUUUGUCGACUGCAAGAAACACCAGAUUCCAUUCCUGAUGGUCAAACACCUCAGACUGUUUCGAUUUGCUUGUAUGAUGAUUUGGUUGAUGUUGCCAAGCCCGGUGAUCGAUUGGAGAUCACUGGUAUCUUCCGUGGUGUUCCUGUUCGUGUCAACCCAAGACAGAGAACCAUCAAGGCACUGUUCCGAACUUACCUUGAUGUUGUUCACAUUAAGCGAUCUGAUCAAAAGCGUCUUGCCAUCGAUCGCAGCAUUAUCAAUAAUGGUAAUGCCGUUGUCAGUUACGAUGAAGGUGAUGAAAUUCAUGUUGUCAACACCAGUGAGGAAGACGAAAUCAAACAGCUUUCACAAAAGCCAGAUCUUUACGACAUAUUGUCUCGGUCCCUCGCACCAUCUAUCUAUGAGUUAGAUGAUGUGAAGAAGGGAAUUCUGUUACAACUAUUUGGUGGCACCAAUAAGACGUUCACCAAGUCGGGCUCUCCCAGAUACAGAGGUGAUAUCAACGUCUUGUUGGUUGGUGACCCUGGUACGAGUAAAUCUCAACUAUUGCAAUACGUUCACAAAAUCGCACCACGAGGCAUAUAUACGUCUGGCAAAGGUUCAUCCGCCGUAGGUUUAACCGCUUAUAUCACAAGAGACCCUGACACCAAACAGCUUGUGCUUGAAAGUGGUGCUCUUGUACUGAGUGAUGGUGGUGUAUGCUGUAUUGAUGAAUUUGAUAAGAUGUCGGAUGCCACUCGUAGUGUACUUCACGAAGUGAUGGAACAACAAACGGUGUCAGUAGCGAAGGCUGGUAUUAUUACGACACUUAAUGCACGAACAUCGAUCUGUGCUUGUGCCAACCCCAUUGGAUCUCGCUGGAACAAGCACUUGUCUGUGCCAGCAAAUUUAGAUUUACCCCCACCUUUGCUUUCCCGUUUCGACUUGCUCUAUCUCUUACUAGACAAGGUUGACGAAGAUGCUGAUCGACGACUCGCUCAACAUCUUGUAGCCCUUUACAUGGACGACAAUGUUGUCACUGGUGGAGUUAACAUAUUGCCUGUGGAGAAACUCACCAAAUACAUUAGUUACGCCCGUAACAAGUGUAACCCGGUUCUUGGGGAAGACGCUGCUCGAAGACUCAUCGAUUGUUACGUUGAACUUCGGAAACAAGGUGAAGACCGUAGUUCCUCGGAAAAGAGAAUCACAGCCACCACUCGACAGCUUGAAUCGAUGAUUCGAAUGUCCGAGGCACAUGCGCGUAUGAGACUGUCUCCAACUGUGGAAGUAUCUGAUGUCAACGAAGCAUCACGUCUUUUGCGUGAAGCCAUCAAAGAUUAUGCCACUGAUCCCAAGACAGGUCGUAUUGACAUGGACUUGAUAUUGAGUGGCACUGGAUCACACGAGCGCCACAUUAAGGAUGAUCGGGUGCGAGAACUCAAGACCCUAUUGCUAGCAUACGAAAGCAGCAGUAUUGGAUGGACCAAGUUGAUGAAUGACUUUAAUGAACAAAGCGAUGUGCCGGUUGAAGCAAAGGCAUUCGAAGAGGCAGUGGAAACACUUCAAACUCAAAAUGUUGUCAAGGUUACCGGUGAUGGAAGAAAACGGAUGGUUCGACGACUGAUCAAUAGCGACGAAAGCGAGUUUUAAUGGGAUAAAUUAAUUAAAAAUAGCAUAUUUCUGACGAUCUCACUUUGCUUACCGUAAGAGGCUCU